AAAAAUAGUGGUUUUCAAAAAGUGGACACAGGUAAGCGCACUACGCUCUACGCAGGUCCUAGCUAAGACAUUUCCCAGUUUGCGGUAGCUAAUGGCAUAGUCAACGCCCGAGCAAAAUUGCAGGUUUUCCCUUUCCAUACUAUCUAUUUAGCUGUGCGAUUUUACCUUCUCAAUGCAAACCAUAAGAUCCUACUUCUGAUCUAUCACGCCAUGAGUUCUGACAGGUCUCAAAACCAGGAGAUGAAAUCUGAUCAGGCUGGGGUCAAUGUAGACAAUAAAGAAUCAAAAGCUCAACUGAUUGAAAUCAUAAUAUCUUCUUUUGAUCAAAAGUUAGAUAAGUUGUCUGUAGAUCCUUCAUAUUCGUAUGCAGCAUGUAUCUAUAGAGUUUCUGAGAAGCUCCGGAAAGCAAAUGAAGGAGCAUAUACUCCUCGAUUAGUGUCAAUUGGUCCACUUCAUCACGAUAUAGCCCAACUUCAAGGCAUGGAGGCUUCCAAAUUGAAAUUCAUGCAUAAUUUCUUGAGCAGAUUUGGAAUUGGGAUGCAUACCUUAGUCAAAUUUGCAGCAAAGGAAGAAAGCUUUGUUCGCGGCUGCUAUGAGGGUAAAGUUGACCUUUCUGUUAAGCAACUCACAGAGGUGAUUCUGUUGGACGGGAUAUUCAUCGUUGAACUUUUUCUGCAAAGCUAUUUCUCACAGCUGAGAGACAAAAACGAGACAGUAUUUGAAAAUCAGUGGAUCCACAAUAAUUUGUUGCAUGAUAUGUUGUUGCUAGAGAAUCAGCUACCUAUAAGAAUAAUGAAAAGCCUGAUGAGUUUUGUGGAUCUUUCAUUCUUGAACGAAGGCACCAUGCUCACCAUCUAUGAUCUUGCUCAUAGUUUCUUCAAGAAUGUUGGUAAUACACACAAGGUACCACUGACAGCGCGUUGUAAUAAUGCUAGGCAUUUUGUUGAGUUUCUUCUAAUUCUUCACGCUCCAACAGAGAAACGAGUGCUUUCUACGGAAAAGAUGAGGAAAAACCCGUCUCCAACUAGAAAGUUUGAGUAUUCUCGAAGUGCAACGGAGCUACAAGAAGCUGGAGUCACGUUUCGUGGUGGGAAAGGGGAUUGUUUGCUUGAGGUUUCCUUUCCACUAGUAGACGGAGAAGGAGGUUGCUUGUUUAAGCUUUUGUGUGAACAAGGAGGUGUGUUGACGAUCCCCAAAUUGAGAGUUGAUGAGUUGAGCGAGACAUUCUUCCGGAAUCUUGUAGCCUUUGAGCAAUUGGGCCAUUUUGGGUACUUUUCCAAAUAUAUUACAAGUUAUGUCAUACUCAUGGAUAGCUUCAUAGACACUUCGAGUGAUGUUGAGCUACUUGAGCAUCAUGGCAUCAUCGAGAAUAAAUUAGGCAAUAGCCAACAAGUAGCAGACCUGUUUAACCAUCUUCACAAGGAAGUUGUGACUGAAGCAAACGAUUUCUAUUUUGCUGAGCUUUGUGGAGAUUUGAAUGACUACAGCAAGGAUUGGCUUCACCAGUGGAAAGCCAGUUGGUUCAGAUCAAAAGUGGCGUUGAGAAAGAAUUAUUUCAGCAGUCCUUGGUCCUCCUUAUCUGUUGCUGCCGCGACCGUGUUGCUCAUUCUUACAGUAAUUCAAACAGUCUGUUCAAUUCUGCAGGUUUGAUGAGCAGGAGUAUCAGGAGCCUUAAUAUUUGUAGAGAAGGAAAAGUUAUGUGAGAUGCUCUUGGUGACACCUUAUCGUCUUCAGCUGGUUGUUUUCACCUUGUAUAUAUUAUUCAAAGUUUUAUUUGUAUUGAAUUUGCGAUGUUGCAAAUGACAUUUUAAUGAUUGUAUUUAGAAA